AUCAUCAAGAGUCGUGGCCUAUCUGGAAAGUAAACAUCGUCGUCGUGGCUUGUUUCCACUCGGGAGAAGAAGCAGUAGUGUCGACCUGGUCCUGACACGAUGUCCACGAUGAUGACUUCUGAAUUAGUGAAACUGAUAUGUGCGAAAGACGGCGUUAUGCUUUAUGAUGACUUGAUUUCCGGCUUUAGAAACGGUUUCUACAUCGACAGCGUUACUGAAGGAAACGAAUCUUUCGCGACGGUUUUAGUAAACGGACAGAAAAUGAUCAUGGCCAAAACCGGAGUGAAGCUGUGCAGGGCGAAGAACUGUAACGGGUGUAUGAAUUUACACCUGUGCAAGUUUUUCCUAUUGGGUGACUGUCAGUACGGAAGAGGAAGACGAAGAUGCCGUUUUAGUCAUGACCUGCAGACGGAGAAAAACGCCAGAGUCCUUCAGCUACAUGGCCUGAGUCAGCUGGACAGGAGAGAGCUCUGUGUCUUACUACUCCAGAGUGACAACAGCAUCCUACCUCCAGUGUGCCAUUCUUACAACAAUGGCACGGGCCUGUAUGGGCGAUGCGAGGAUGGUGACAACUGCAAGCGGCUGCACAUUUGCGAGAAGUACCUGAGAGGCCCGUGUCAGUGUCCACGAGCACAUGAUUUCUUUGAGCCCCAUCCUCUGAAAACGUUGCAGGACAGAGGUGUUCCCUCUGAGCUCAUGACAUCCAUGAAGACCAUAUAUUCGAACAUCGAGGCCUUACGGUUAAUGGCUAAAGUCAGAUCACCUCAAAAUGGUGGCAGAGUUCAAGAGAACAGUGGCCAGAGACCCACCAGAAAUGGCAACUGGCAGAAACAGACAUCGGCUGAUGCUAAUGCUACAGGUAGUGGAGGACCCAGGACCAACAGAGGCUCGACUCCCAAGAAUUCGCAAUACUCUCAAGAGAAAAAGGAGAUCUGUCUGUUCUUUGUCAAAGGACACUGCAGAAACGGAGAUAAAUGUUUUAGGGAGCACUCCAAAGUACCCUAUAAAUGGGAGGUGAAGGAGGGACUCGGCUGGGUAGCUCUUGAUGACAAUGAGGGCAUAGAGAAAGAUUACUGCGACCCAGCUAAAACAUACAGCUCUGGAGUCUGCUUCGAUACGAUGACCCAUGGCUGUAGCAUCGUGCGCCGUCUCUCGACGGUGUCCUCAGUGAUCCAACCCAACUACAUCCUCACCACCAAUUGGGCGUGGCACUGGGAGGAUGAGUACGGCAACUGGAUCCAGUAUGCAUCGUCAGGCGGAGGUCACAACACAGCUUCCAUCACCAGCGAGGACUUGGAGCAGAAAUUUUCUCAGGACAACAAAGCAGAGGUGGAGUUCAUGGCUGGCUCACAGGCGUACACACUCAGCUUCCAAGAUAUGAUACAGACAAACAAGCGCUACGGGACCAAAAAGCUUGUGAGGCGUCGACCUGUAUUUGUGUCAGCAGCAGAUGUUCAAAUAAUCAGAACAACCAAACCGGCUCCAGGCAUCCAGAUGAAAACACUGCCGAGCCACUGGAACAAAGCGCUGACACCCGAGAUCGGUUACAAGAGAUUAAAGCUGCAGAGCGAUUCAAGUGAGUACAGUGCAGUCGAGCGCCUUUUCAACGCCACUAUGCAUGGUUUCAGCAUUCAACAGAUCGAGCGGAUACAAAACCGGGCCCUUUGGGAAGUGUUUCAGUGGCAGAAAGAUCAUAUGAAAAAGAACAACCCAGGGAAGAACGUUGCAGAGAAACAGCUGUUUCAUGGGACAGACUCUAAGCACACAGACGCCAUCUGCCACAAUAACUUCGACUGGAGAAUCUGUGGCACUCACGGCACGGCCUAUGGGAAAGGGAGUUACUUUGCCAGGGACGCCAAGUACUCCCACAGCUACACCGGAGACUCCGCAUCUCGCUGCAUGUUCGUUUGCCGUGUCCUAGUGGGUGACUACACCGCCGGCCACUCCAGCUACACUCGCCCCCCGUCCAAAGAUGGAGGAGACACCGUCUUUUACGACAGCUGCGUGGAUGAUGUCCACAACCCGUCCAUAUUCGUAGUGUUUGAGAAGCAUCAGAUCUAUCCAGAGUAUCUCAUUAUGUAUAGAGAGACGAGUCCGUCAUCACCCCCAUAUUACAGGUUAAACAGUGCUUUCGCUGCUUCAACUUCGACAUAUCAACCCAGCCCUGCUCCUAGAGUUCAGGCAGCAACUCCGGUAUAUCGAUCCCGACCUGCUACGUCGUCAUAUUCUUCAUCAUAUUCGUACUCCACUCCUUCCACCCCUCAGCCAUCCAAAACAGACGCCUCCUGCGUUAUCUGCUGAGGACAUGGCAAAGAUGAUGAGAUUAAAUGUGAACUUACAGGCCUGUGUUCUACAGUGUCCCGAAAGUCUCCGUACAUAGGGGAAGUGAACCCUUUUUAGCAAAAUGUCCUCCAAAAUUACUUCCAUAAUUAGGUUGUAUUGUUUCAGGUAGUCUUUGACAAAAGAACGUAUUGAAAUCAUUCUCAUGGUUGGAUCGGGAAGCCGUCACAAACUUGCGACGGACAUGCAAUUACUUGGAGAACACGUUUUGUAAAUAUAGUUACAUUUUGCUAAAAAGUGUUCAUUUCCUCUAUGUAUGGAGACUUCUGGGACAGGGUUUUUAACACAGCCUUAUCAAUCUCCCCUCGCCAUGUGCCCUUAGGGUGGUUCCUAUUUCAAUUUUCGUUCCGAUACUUUAUGAACAUUAGAUGACCCUUUUAUAGGGCGGGAAGACUGAAACAAUGUGCGCUGAGGAGCAGAUGGAACAGUAAUGGCAGAAGGCACUGUGAUCGGAUACAUCUGCCUUUUCUUUUAAACCACACGAGAUUUUAGGGAGCCCGGUGGUAGAUCCAGAGCUAAAUGAUAGCUGAUAUAACGUAUUACUUUAUUGAUUGUAUCGCAACACGAGGCAGUGAAAGCAGGUCGUCGAGUAAGGAGAAGGCUCGAAACGUAUGUUUUUCAAGAAGGUAGCGCACAUUUUGCUAAGUUUUACUUCACACCGAACUGAAGUGAAAUUUCUGCUAAUUCACUUGUUAUAACGUUUACUUCAUUUUGCUAAUUAACUUAAGCCUCUAUCACACGAGUGGAACAUUUUGGGGUUGGUUUGUUUUUUCCAUACUAAUUUUGACUCCUGUCCCCAAGUCGGCUCACUGUCAACUGUUUCGAUUGCACACGAUAUUUAGCGUCUCCAACCAAUUUUAAGGAUAUCAUCGUAUCAUUUUAUCGUUUCAGAUGUACGCCUCUGUCACACACACGCAAAAAAAUGUGUUUUGAUUUUCACUCCCAAUUUUACAAAAAGGGCUUUAUUUGAGUUGCUUAAACAUUUAUUUGUGUCAUUUAAAUCAAGUUGAAAUUCACUGCAUGUAUCAGAUUCAUUUAAUCGUUCCGAUAUUUAUUCGAAUCAUUAAAAUCUUUUGACUCGGUA